CGCGUCCUUAACUCUGCACUCGCACAAACCACAGGAUCUCUCCUACGAUGAGUCGCGUGGCGCAGAUGGGACGAUACAGGUUGUCAUCCCUAGACGACCUUAACAACGUUUCAUUCAGGGCGUCUUUGGAGCGACGUUCGACGGCGUUCGAUUUUGGAAGGGUAGGAUACACAACGGCAAUUUCUGAAGAAGCGGAAAGCGUGGAAUUCCGGUGGCAGGAAGCGAUUGAAUAUCCCGGUCCUUGUACUAUGCUACGUCCCCAGGAAAUAGCUCAAAAUAAUCCGGCCCCGCGUCGAAUUUUUACAAUAACUCAGCAGAUGAUUGAGAGUAACGCGUUCGAUGUUCCUGAACCCAUCGAACUUGAGCAUGAAUCGUUUUUGGGAGAGCGACGGAAAUAUAAAAAUCAAAAAAAAAAAGCCCGAGGGAAAAAACGAAGAGCUGCUGGAGAAGAGAAGGCCGGUCCACCAAAUCUGCUAGUUUUUGGUCGAAGUCGACAGCUUUCAGAUACGGUCCCCUUAUCGCAAAAAAUGCUUGUAAUGGCGCUUCUGGGGCGGAAUCGACCAGCCAUACAACGCUUUAGCGCGUGCUCGGAAAUCUCUGAGGCACAUUCAACGCAGUCGAGUGAGUAUGACGCAUUAUACUCAAGCGGACUAAUUAUCUGCGAACUGCGGGUAAUAUUGGACAACGCCGGUUAUCAGCUUUGUGUUAUCCCAGAUUUUUCUUUGGAACCCUAUCUUGUCAGAACAACCCACUCAGAAGACGCCUACUGUUUGCAACUAAGCCUUCUAAAGGAUGACCUGGCACCGCUUCAGCCGCCUAGUGAGGACGGUGUUGCAGGCGUAGGAUCUGCAGUUCGAUUCGCCAUCUGCCCAAGAGAGACCAUCCUCCACAAGAGGCGUGCACAAAUGGCCCUUGCACAGCCAAAAGAAAGCCAUGUCAGAAUCAGCAUUUUCGGCGAAAUUGAGUGCGCAAUAGGUUUCCCGAGAAACCAGAGCAUAUUUGUUCUGUACACCUCGUCUUCUCCAAAAGGCUGGAGCCUGUUGGGCAGCCGGCGAGAAGACGAGCUCAACGCGACCUUCAGUGCUACUUCACUACUGAAACGAAAUUCAGACACGGGAUCGUGUGAAACGGUAGCAGUUCUUGGACACCCAUUCCACUUUAAUUUUACUUCGACAGACGAGAACAAUACGCCAACGCUACAUUUUAAGGUUGUGCACUUUGACCCAGAAACGGGUCGCUUCCAUACGCUAGGUGAAGGUAGGAGUAUUGUCGACCGAACCGGAAACAGUGUCCUACGAGUGCCACUUAUACGCCGUUUACCGGAGGGACUUGUGGCUCGCCUGAAAGAAAGAUUUCUCGGAGGCGACCCAGUACUAAGGGGCAUCGUCAUUAAUCAAACUAUUCCUAGGGAAUGUAUUACGGAACCAGCUGGAGAGCUUGCUAUACGGAUCCAGGUUGUUCGUCAAUCACAAAAGUAUCGUCUCGAAGAUUUGCUAAACGAGUCCCGUCUUCGUUUGCUCAAAUCAUCUGGACGGACUCUAUCCACGGUGCAAAGUACCCUAUCGGCAUUCCAAGAAGCGCGCGUUCGCAUGAUCCAGGCGCGUCAAGAGUAGCGACUCCUUUUCGAUAGACCAACGGUCUCUUCGGCAGAGAGAACGAACAAGACAAACAAAUAUUCUCUACCCUACUUCGGCCUGAUAACGAACUCACGAAAAACCGAAGACGAAAUAAGAACGGUGACAACGGGGACGCAUCGUCGCUUCUCGCUAGAGGCAAACAUUAUGGAGAGAACACUAUGCACAAUUCCUAAGUUAAAUUCCGUCAGUGUCAACGUUCGCACAAAUCAAUACGUGUGCGUGUGAAUGGCAAAACAUGUAUAGUUCUACUGUUAAAAAUACUGGACGAACGUUAGGGCAUUCCAUUCGCAAGUUAGACUGUAACUCACUUGAAAUAUUUCAAAGUUAAGUACAGCUCGUUCCCUACCCGGUUCGUCGAUUAAACGGCAGAUCUCUGUAAACGGAGGCUGUAUUGUCCGCCACGGAUAGGUUCAGCAUCGAACGUAACUUCAAUAUGUAAAAGCAGUGAAAUGACUAGUACGGGGCAAGUAAGGCUUAAUUUGUAAGAGCUCAAUGCCAUUAAAUAUCGAAAUGUGAGAAUCUUCAAGAUCCUCCUUGGGACAAGCUAAAUUCCUUUCAGGGCAUCCAGUGAGUCCCGAUGGCUAUGAUGCUAACUACAAACCUCCAUAGAUCAUAGCUUUGAAUCUUAUUGCGCCAUAUAUCCUUUUGAAAUAAAACGUGUUUCGAUCUUUAUCUGACUGACUGCUAUUGAUUAAAAAACUUCGCCAAUACGAAACUUCCCACUUCUUGAUGAAGCGGUGUAUCAUCCGCUGGAAAGAUUGAAGAAGAUCGUAAACAAUCAUAAAGGACACUGAACAUCUUCAGUGUCCUUUCUGAUUGUUUCCGUGAUGUGUUCCUUCAUAAGAAUAAAAAAAAUGCUGACCUAAUAUAUUAGUAGACGUUGUAUUUGGAAGUGCCGGCUUGGGCUAUAAUAUUUACGUUUGUUUCUUUUACGAAAGAGCUGGUAGCAUAUACAAUAAUAGUGACGAUGAAGAUAUUUGUUGCUUCUCUUUUCAAGGUCAUUGGCAAACCAUAAUGAGUAAAAGCUAAUGAUCGUUUAACUGGAGAAUGAUACAGGGCAAAAGGGGAGGCUCCUGGAGGUCCGCUGAAUAAUUUCAAUUUCAAGUUAUGAGUCCAAAUUUCCUAGUCACGAUCGCGUUGUAUCAGUAAGUGUUCUCCACUUAGUAGUUACUUGAAAAACGGGCCCACCAUGUUUUACGUUAUAUACUAUAGGCUUUUAAGCGUCAAACAAAGGAAGCCUCUACUGAUUUUCCCUGCUCUGCCACCCUAUAAUGUUGCCAAGAUUAUACGUUUACAGGUAGUUAAGGUUUCAGAUUGGUGACAAUAAAGCGACACCGGGGGAAUCCCAGAAUGCGACGCGACGAUACUGAAAGAUAAUUUUUAUCUGUGUUGAAGCUGAAGUUUCGUCAUUGUGGAACAUGACCUUGUGCCAAAUACGAGCUCUGCUUUUUGAUCACCAAAUAAUGGCUUUUAUUAUACAUGGUGCAGAAACUCCUGCAUAACACAUGGUAAAUUCUGUCGAAUUCGUGAAGCUCGAAUGAUUCAAUUGAUCACAAAAGGUCCUACAAAGCCCAAAAAAAGUGCUGCAGAUUAAAAUGGAUGAAUUAUCUCAUUGUUACAAAAUGUUUUUACAUUGUAGCGUCACCGACUGCCAGAGUAAUCAAAGCUGUUAUCUAGCUGUCCAUGGGUAACCGAUAGCAAUAAUUUACUUGUUUAAGAUACCCUGCUAAAAUGGGGCGCAGCAAUGUAUACAACCCAAAAACUGACCUUUCUGUCGAAGUAUCUAGCCGAGAUUACGAUGCGUCUAUGUUUAUUUUGCAUUAUAGACAUCAAUGCUUGCGCAAUACAUCAAUACAAUACAUCGCUCCGUACCACUGGCACAAUCACUUGACGUUGUCACCAAACAGACGUCAUCAAAUCGACCCAUACGGAUGCCAUAGAAAUACUCCUUUUUGCGAGCAUCAAGGACCCAAACCAUGGAACGACAACUCACAACGAUCGCGUCAUUUCGAAGCGAUGUGUAUAUGGAUAGACCAUAUUGGUAAGAUCUAUUGCGUUCACCACAGCUGCUAAGAUCAAUACGAUUGUCUCACGUGAUCAACUGCUCUAGAGAAAGAAACUUGCUUUCAAAGAUGGGCCCAAAGAAAAGAAAGAGCCAACCAACAAAUAUAGAGAGUUACGAUACCUCGCACACGGUAAGAACUUAGGACAAGAACAUUUGCUCUAAGCAAUACUCAGUUGCGAUACCGAUGGUGUCAGUAUAUCUUCUUCAUCUAGUAAUAACAUCAUUGUCUAAGCAGUUCUGGUAAGCAAAUACCUGUAAAAAGAACUUAUAAGCACAGAUAGAGAUAAAACAUCUAAUCCCGCCCUUUCACAGAUACCAUAUAACAUGUACGACUAAGUAAAGCGUACA